UAUAUAUAUAUUCAUCGUCUCUUUGAAGCUUCUUAAUGUGUGUGUGUGUGUCUGUGCGUGCCUCUUGACCAUUUCGAGAUUUGAUUUGUUUCCGCCAUUCGCAGCUCUUCGAUUCUCUCUCUCUCUCUCUCUCUCUCUCUCUCUCUCUCUCUCUCUCUCUCUAUAUCAAUUCCUCCAUUUUGAGAUCUAGUGAGAGAAAGACAGAAAAAUAACAAAAAAAGCUUCACCUGUGGCUCUGAAGAAUUUAGGGUUUGGAGAUUUUCAAUCAAUGGAAAAAGACAAGUCACACCACUGUAGUGGAAGUUCACUUCCUCCAUCAGGUCGGUACUCCGGUUUCUCCCCACCGAACAGCAGCUACAAUGUCAAGCCAGAACAAUCCGGAUUGCCGAAUUUACCCCCACUAGGCCCAGGAGGCAGUUCGUCGGAGCAGGGGCAUUUUGGUCAUUCCGAUGCUCGGCAGUUCAGUCACGAUAUAAGCAGAAUGUCCGACAACCCGUCCAAGAAUCUAGGACACAGACGAGCCCACUCGGAGAUCCUCACCCUACCCGAUGACAUCAGCUUCGACAGUGACCUAGGUGUCGUCGGGGGUUUCGACGGGCCGUCUUUCUCCGACGAAACAGAGGAGGAUUUGCUCUCGAUGUACCUCGAUAUGGAUAAGUUCAAUUCCACAUCCGCCACGUCGGCAUUCCAAGUGGGCGAAUCGUCUAAUUCUUUAGCAGCCGAGCCAGGCUCUUCGUCCGGUUUUGCAUCGGCAUUUGCUAACCAAUCAUUGGCUGAUAAUAAUGCUGCUCAAGGGUUAAGUGAAAAACCGAGGAUUAGGCAUCAGCAUAGCCAGUCAAUGGAUGGGUCAACCUCUAUCAAAGCGGAGAUGCUCAUGUCUGGCUCGGAGGAUCCUUCUUCCGGUGAUGCUAAGAAAGCCAUGUCUGCUGCUAAGCUUGCUGAGCUGGCUCUUAUUGAUCCAAAGCGUGCCAAAAGGAUUUGGGCGAAUAGGCAGUCAGCGGCAAGGUCAAAGGAACGGAAAAUGAGGUAUAUAGCUGAGCUUGAAAGGAAAGUCCAAACCCUGCAAACAGAAGCAACUUCCUUGUCUGCACAGUUAACCUUACUUCAGAGAGAUACAAAUGGUCUUACAUCUGAAAACGGUGAACUCAAAAUACGCUUGCAAACAAUGGAACAACAAGUGCACCUCCAAGACGCACUGAACGACGCGUUGAAAGAAGAGAUACAGCAUCUGAAGGUGUUGACCGGUCAAGCAAUCGCUAACAACGGUGGAGCAAUGAUGAAUUAUCCCGCACAAUACGGAGCAGCAAACCAGCAGCAGCAAUAUUACAACAGCAACAACCACGCAGUGCACACACUGCUAACUGCACAACAAUUGCAGCAGCUCCAAAUACACUCUCAAAAGCAGCAGCAGCAGCAGCAUCACCAAAGGCAGUUUCAACAGCAGCAACAGCAGCAGCAGCAUCAGCUUCACCAGCAAUUUCAACAGCAGUUCCAGUCGCAAUCGUCGUCAAUGCAGGCUUCUUCUGUUCAAAAAGACAAUAUUGCCCCUCCAAAUCCUCCUCCCGAUGGAUCCUCGAAGGAUUAGAAAAAAAUGAGUCUUUACGGGUCUAUGUUAUAUUGGGUGUUGGAGGGGUGUAUAUGGUGGUCCCCACUGAAAUCUUAUGGUGCGGGUCCUGUAGCUCGUUGACUUUUGGUUAGUCUGUUUUUAGGUUAAAACUACAUCGAUUAUCGGUUUCACUAGGCGGGUUUAUUGAUUUAUAUUUUUUUAGUUCAUUAACUUGGUUAAGGCUGUUUUGUUGUUCUAUUAUUACUCACAUCUAGAGUAUGAGGUGUUCUUUUGUUGUUGACUGUUUAUGUUUUUUUAGUUGUAGAAUUGUUUUACUUGAGUUCUUG